UAAACUCAGAUCAUAUAAAAGUUUAAUUGUAGAGUAGAAUUAAACAUCAAGCUACUUCACCCAAUUUUAACUUUAAUCUCAGACCGAAGUCGUAAUCCAUUCUUUAAAUAUGAAUUCUCUCAAGCUGCAAUUUCUAGAGAGGUCAAAAAGACUUUCUGUGUGGGGUCCAUUGUAUUUUAUCCUUAAUAUUUUCAAAUCAAUGAACCGCUAGAUAUGCGGCAACCACCAUAGCAUAUCUGAGUGGUUGGAUGCCCAUUCAUAAAAAAAAUCCCAUCAUUAAGAGCGCGAAACUUUUUUAUUUUAAAACAUGGUGCAUAUACUUCAACAAAAAACACAACACAUUUAAAACACAAUAACGUUGGUUUUAAUUGCUUAAUAGCUAUCGAUUCUUUUUUAUUUUAUUUGCAAUGGUAGUUAUAAUAUACGAGCAGAUGAGAAAUAUUAUAAAAUCUAAUUUCGUACACCCAAUUCCAGUAAUCAACACGAAAGAAUACCUUGGCACUUUACCAAGUAGAACUCAAAAUAUACAUUAAACACAUGCUGAAAUCGAAAGUUUACUUCUCAUUGUAGAUAUUGCGAUUAGUCAAGUAGAAUGGUUAAAAUAUAUUGUGUAUAUUUAAGUUUAUUUGCUAUUCUGAAGUUUACUUCAGCUUAUGAAAAUGAUAAACAAAUAUAUACUGUUGGAGCAAUAUUUGAUGAAACCGAUAAUGAUCUGAGUAAAGCCUUUAGAAUAGCGGUAAAAAUUUAUAACAGACACCAAAACUCGCACCGUUUUAAAGCAAAUAUUAAAACCGUUGCACAAAAUGAUAUUCUCAAAGUAAAAGAUACAGUAUGCAAAAUGGUUGAGGAAAAAGAUGGUGUAGUAGGAAUAUUUGGGCCGUUAUCGUUAAACGGCCAAUCAAUAACACAAUCCAUAUGUUCCACCCUUAACAUCCCUCACAUACAAAUAAACUGGAAGCCCACAAGAGGUUCAUCCCUUUCAACAUCCUUAAACUUCUACCCUGAUACAGAUAAACUUGCGAAAGGUUUCGCAACGAUUGUAAAACAUUUGCAAUGGAAAAAUUAUGUCAUUUUAUACGAAAAAGAAAUAGCUCUUAUUAGACUUCAGGAAAUUCUAAAAAUACCAAAUGUUGAGGAUAAUCCCGUCGUCAUAAAAAAACUUUCACCCGAUGGCGAUCAGAGAACACUCCUUAAAGAACUGGGUGAUUCAAAGAUCCAUCAGAUAAUCUUGGACUGUGAACCGCAGAACAUUAUCAAAAUAUUGAAGCAAGCAAAAGAAGUUCAUCUUCUAGAUUUUUUUCACAGUUAUUUUCUCACGUCUUUGGAUGCACAUUUAACUGAUUUUUCUGUCUUGGACAGUCGAUCAAACAUAACAUACGUAAGAAUUUUUAACUCCAAUAACACUAUGUUAAUGCACGCAGUUCGAGAAUGGGGAAGUUAUGAACAUUUUAUGAAUGAACCAGAAGAUUUAACAACAGUCGAUAUCGUAAGGACGGAAGCAGUACUGCUGCACGACGCAGUUAAUACCUUUUUGCAUACAAUUUCUCAACAACGCAAUCACAUAAAUGUUGACCCCACGCCAUUACAAUGCAACGGUGAUGGAACCUAUGAAGCUGGACACCAUCUGGUCUCUUUCAUGAGGAAGCAAUCUUUUGAACACACGAUUACCGGUCCCAUUAGUUUUGGCCCUAAUGGAACCAGAACAGAUUUCAAUCUCCUUUUAAUUGAAGCGGAGACUAGCUAUCCCGAUGUGGCAACUUGGAGCCCGGAAAAUCCCGAUGAAUUACAAUUUCAACGUUCAUCAAGCGAACAACAGCAAAGGAUUCUCGAAAAUCUUCAAAAAGACACUGUCAUAGUGUCGUCCAGAAUUGGAAGGCCCUAUCUUAUGCGAAGAACACCCAGUAGUCCCGAUGAAGUCCUUGAAGGAAACGAUCGAUACGAAGGAUAUUCAAUGGAUCUUAUACAAGCUAUAGCAGAAGAGCUAAAUUUUACAUUCAAAUUUGUUUUAACUGAGGGCAAUUACUAUGGGAAUUACGUUCCGGAAAAGAAAACCUGGAAUGGACUUAUAGGGGAUCUACUCAAUAAAAAAGCCCAUUUGGCAAUAUGCGAUCUUACUAUCACACAUCAAAGGAGACAAGUUGUUGAUUUUACGUUACCCUUUAUGACGUUAGGUAUUGGUAUUUUAUAUAAGAAAACCGAGGAGGGAGACAGGAAUAUUUUCGCAUUUAUGGACCCAUUCUCUAUUGAAGUGUGGAUAUAUACUUCCACCAUGUACCUAAUAAUAUCCAUUUUGCUAUUCUUUAUAUCUAGGAUAGCUCCUGGAGACUGGGAGAAACCUCAUCCCUGUGAUGAAAAUCCCGACGAGAAAGAAAACAUAUGGAAUCUAAAGAACUGUUUCUGGCUAACCCUUGGAUCCAUAAUGACACAAGGAUGCGAUAUUUUGCCCAAAGGAAUUUCUUCGAGAAUGGCCACGUCUAUGUGGUGGUUCUUUUCACUGUUAAUGACCAGUUCUUAUACAGCUAAUUUGGCAGCCUUUUUAACAAUGGAGAAAAUGGGUCCAACCAUCGACAGCGCCGAAGCUUUAGCAAAAUCCAACAUAAAAUAUGGAGUAGUUGCUGGCGGUUCUACUCAGGCUUUCUUUCGAGAAUCAAAUUACUCGUUGUACCAACGCAUGUGGACCCAAAUGCAACAGUUCAAACCAAGUACGUUCGAAAAAAGCAACGAUGAUGGAGUCAAAAGGGUCUUAAACACCAAAAAUAGCAUGUAUGCCUUUUUUAUGGAAAGCGUUUCGAUUGAAUACGAGGUGGAAAGACAUUGUGAACUGAAACAAGUUGGAGAUGUUUUGGACGACAAGGGAUAUGGCAUAGCCAUGCCAGUUAAUGCACCCUACAGAAGUGCCAUCAAUAAAGCUAUUUUGAAACUUCAAGAAGAUGGUACGUUGUCAGAUUUAAAAACCAAAUGGUGGAAGGAAAUGUAUGGGGGUGGUGCCUGUGAUGAAGAAGAUUCUGGUUUAAGCAGUAUUGACCAGCAAAAACUUGGUCUAUCCAACGUAGGAGGUGUGUUCUUGGUUUUAGGAAUAGGGGUUGCUAUUGCCCUUGUCAUAGCCAUGGGAGAGUUCUUAUGGAAUGUAAAGUGUCUUUGUGUCGAAGAACACAUUACAUACUGGGAAGCUUUGAUAAUAGAACUGAAAUUCCUUGUGAAUAUCAGAGUUACGAAAAAGGCAACGAAAAUACCAACCCCUUCGACCAGUGAAUCCAGCGAUAGUAAUCAAUCUACAAGACCCCAAAGUUUGGUCGAAGGGGUACUCCAUGGAGCCCGAUCUUUGCUGAAUUUGGACAUUCUAGAAAAAUACAAUCCUUCCGGAAAAAAAGAUUAAUUUUUGAUUUGUCCUUACAUACCAUUUAACGAUCGCAUUUUUUCUAUUAUUAGUAAAUAAUGCAACACAUACGAUGUUAACUACUAACAACUGUAAAUGCAAGACAAUAUUAAAAUAAAAAAUAAUUACGUUCAA